AUGUCGCAAGACGACCCCAAAGCCAAGCCCAACGUGGUGCUGGAGGCCCACGAGGUCGACACAUUCCACGUCCCCAAGGCAUUCCACGACAAGCACCCGAGCGGCACCCAUGUCAAAGAUCUCGACGAGUACAAGAAGCUCUACGAGGAGUCCAUCCGCAGUCCCGACACCUUCUGGGCCCGCAUGGCCCGCGACCUCCUUACCUUUGAAAAAGAUUUCCAGACCACCCACUUCGGCUCCUUUGAGAACGGCGACAAUGCCUGGUUCGUCGAGGGCCGGCUGAAUGCGGCAUACAACUGCGUGGACCGCCACGCGUUCAAAGACCCCAACAAGGUUGCCAUUAUCUACGAGGCCGACGAGCCCAAUGAGGGCCGCAAGAUCACAUACGGCGAGCUGCUUCGCGAGGUGUCGCGGGUGGCCUGGACUCUGAAGCGCGCCGGUGUGCAAAAGGGCGACACGGUCGCCAUUUACCUGCCAAUGAUUCCCGAGGCGGUCGUUGCGUUCUUGGCGUGCGCUCGUAUCGGUGCGGUGCACUCGGUCGUCUUCGCUGGUUUCUCGUCGGACUCGCUGCGGGAUCGUGUUCUGGACGCCCACUCCAAGGUGGUGAUUACCACCGACGAGGGCAAGCGCGGUGGCAAGGUGAUUGGCACCAAGCGCAUUGUCGAUGAGGCGCUCAAGCAGUGCCCGGAUGUCACGAAUGUGCUGGUCUACAAGCGCACGGGCGCCGAGGUACCCUGGACCGAUGGUCGGGAUCUCUGGUGGCACGAGGAGGUCGAGAAGUAUCCCAACUACAUCGCUCCGGAGUCCAUGAACUCGGAGGACCCGCUCUUCCUGCUCUACACAUCCGGCUCGACCGGCAAACCCAAGGGCGUCAUGCACACCACCGCCGGCUACCUGCUCGGCGCCGCCAUGACCGGCAAGUACGUCUUCGACAUCCACGACGAUGACCGCUUCUUCUGCGGUGGCGAUGUCGGCUGGAUUACCGGCCACACCUAUGUUGUCUACGCUCCUCUGCUACUGGGAUGCGCCACUGUCGUGUUCGAGAGUACCCCCGCCUACCCCAACUGCUCCCGUUACUGGGAUGUCAUCGACCAGUACGAUGUCACACAGUUCUACGUCGCCCCUACUGCUCUGCGUCUGCUCAAGCGUGCUGGGAACGAGCACAUCCACCACGAGAUGAAGCACCUGCGUAUCCUUGGCUCGGUCGGUGAACCCAUUGCAGCCGAGGUCUGGAAGUGGUACUUUGAGGCGGUCGGCAAAGAGAAAGCCCACAUCUGCGAUACCUACUGGCAAACCGAGACCGGAUCCCAUGUCAUUACCCCUCUGGGUGGUGUGACCCCCACCAAACCCGGCAGCGCCUCCCUGCCCUUCUUCGGCAUCGAGCCCGCCAUUAUCGACCCCGUCUCCGGUGAGGAGAUCUCCGGCAACGAUGUGGAAGGUGUCCUUGCGUUCAAGCAGCCCUGGCCCAGCAUGGCUCGGACCGUCUGGGCCGCCCACAAGCGCUACAUGGAUACGUACCUCAACGUGUACAAGGGAUACUACUUCACCGGUGAUGGCGCGGGUCGCGAUCACGAGGGCUACUAUUGGAUCCGUGGCCGUGUCGACGACGUGGUCAACGUGUCUGGCCACCGCUUGUCCACUGCCGAGAUUGAGGCUGCUCUGCUUGAGCACCACAUGGUGGCUGAGGCUGCUGUGGUCGGAAUCAACGACGAACUCACUGGCCAAGCGGUCAAUGCCUUUGUUGCUCUGAAGGAGGGCAACGGCUCUACCGACCAGGUGCGCAAGGACCUGAUGAUGCAAGUGCGCAAGUCGAUCGGGCCCUUCGCGGCGCCCAAGGCCGUUUUCGUCGUCGAUGACCUUCCCAAGACUCGCAGUGGCAAGAUCAUGCGUCGUAUCUUGCGGAAGAUUCUGAGUGGUGAGGAGGAUAGCCUUGGUGACACCUCGACGCUCUCGGACCCCUCGGUGGUCGACACGAUCAUCUCCACCGUGCACGCCGACCGCGGCCAGGCGUAA